CCACAACAACCAGCCCUUGCGAUGAGGGUUGGGUCGCCUAUCGGGACGAGAAGUGUUACCGUGUGUUCAACACAACCCCUCCCAUGACAUACGCCCAGAGCGUUGAAUUCUGCGCCGGACUCCAGGCGUUGCCGUUUAGCACCACUUUAGCCACCAUUCAUACGGCGGACGAGCAGUCAUUUCUGGUCCACUAUUUGACCGGCGUUUUCGCCGACGGGACUAACGUAUGGAUCGGCGCCCGACGAAGGCGUCGUCGGUCGCCGACCGGUUUCCAGUGGACCGACGGUACGGACAUGGAGUACAGUCGAUGGCUCGCGGAUGUAUUACCAGCCGUACCGCUGGUGGUGAAGAGUCCAUACCUGUCCAUUUGGUUGACUGGCCGACAAUUAAGGGGAGAUUGGACCAAGUUCUGGACCGGAGCAACCAUUAGUAUGGCCGGUGCGGUUCGGGUGGACAGUCAUACCUAUGCUUUUAUGGAUGUAUUUACUGAAACGCUUCACUCAGCCGUACAGUCGGGUCUUCGCGUAACUCCAACCCAAUCGGUGUUCACAUUCACCGCCGGACCCAUAGAACUGGUCGUAAACUUCUUCACUCCUAUCGAUCCGACAGAUCUCAAGCGUCUGUCACUUCCGGCCUCUUAUAUAUCAAUGAGCGCCCGAUCU